AUGCGUUUGCUUGGCUGGCUUUGCCUGGCUGUGUCUCUUGGGGAAGUAGCUGGCGCUCAGAGCAGCACUCUGGCCAAAAGAGACACCGUGGGUGACAUUUUAUCGGACAUUAAGAAUUUGGCGACUUGUUCCGCCUGCGAGUCCCUCCUGGGGGUUCUCCAGACCGUGGCUCAUCUGGGAAAUGAUGCUUUUGUGAACGUGAUUACUGAAGUUUGUACGUUGGCCAAAGUAAGUACAGCUGAGUAUAUUCCUAUCUUUCUUCGGACCGAGCCACCCGUUCUGAACUUGAUGACCCAGGUCGAAGACAAGGAUGUCUGCGCCGGUGCAAUCGCCCCUGAAGGGCCCAUUCUAGCCCACGACCUCCGGGGCAUGCAGAUUCCAUCUAAGACGGCGGCUCUCUUCUGCUCGACGAUCUUCGGUCUCUGCGACUAUCCCGCCAUCACCGAGUACACGGUCAACUUCCCCUCUGCGAAACCAGCAAAGGCCACACGCCCACCUGCCAGUGGAAAGUCCCCGAUCCAAGUCGUUCACAUUAGUGACAUCCACGUCGACCUUUCCUAUGAGACAGGCGCCAAUUACAAUUGCACCAAGAACAUCUGCUGUCGGCCAUACACAGCGAAUGAUGCACCGGGAAAUACUGGAUUCCCCGCGGGCCAGUACGGCAACCAUCAAUGUGACUCACCGGUGACAUUGGAAGAGAGUAUGUAUGAGGCGAUUCAAAGCCUCGUGCCUGAUGCCUCCUUCACAAUCUUCACCGGCGAUGUUGUCGAAGGUGCCGUGUGGCUUGUCAACCAGACUGAGGUGACAAAUGACUUGAAUGAUGCAUACAAGACUCGGAUGCCCUCGUACCUUGAGCAAGUCUACGGGGUGAUUGGCAACCAUGACGUUGCACCCGUCAACUCGUUUCCGCCUUCCAGUAUCGACACCACGAUCUCGAGUCAGUGGUCUUAUGAUACGCUUUCCUCAGAUUGGAGCCAAUGGAUCGGAUCGGCAGCGGCCAGCACCGCUGACGAAUAUGGCUCCUAUUCUGUCAAGUAUCCAAAGGGGAACCUGCGCAUCAUCUCCUUCAACACCAAUUUCUACUACAAAGAAAACUUCUGGUUGUAUGAGCGCACUAUGCAGACGGAUCCCAAUGGCCAGCUCGCUUGGCUUGUCAGCGAGCUCAGCGCAGCCGAGACCGCCGGUGAGCGCGUCUGGCUACUUGGCCACAUGCCCAUGGGCGCUGGUGACGCCUUCCAUGACGGUUCGAGUUACUUUGAUCAAAUCAUUCAAAGAUACGAUGCGACUAUUGCGGCGACCUUCUACGGUCACACGCAUAAGGACGAGUUCGAAAUUGCCUACUCAGACUACACCGAUCAAACGGCAAACACUGCCACGAUGAUGUCCUACAUUGCGCCAGCCCUGACCCCGACUUCGGGUAACCCAACCUUCCGUGUGUAUUCGAUCGAUCCAGAGACCUAUGGGAUCCUGGACUUUACCGUGUACAUUGCAGAUAUGUCGGACCCAUCAUACCAGACCAAGCCGACAUGGAAGAAAUACUACUCAGCCAAGGAAACCUACGGUCCACUGCUCAGUCCUCCAGUGACCGACAGCGCGGCCGAGCUCACGCCUGCCUUUUGGCACAACCUCACCGUCCUGUUUGAGACCAAUGACUCCGUCUUUCAAGACUAUAUCGCUCGUAAGAGCCGUGGCUGGGAUGUUUCGGCCUGUACCGGCGACUGCAAAUCAAGCGAAAUCUGUCAGCUUCGAGCCGCACAGUCACAGUACAACUGCGUGAAGGUCUCCCCGGGCGUUCAUUUCAAGAAGCGUUCCGAGACCAGCGAGCAGAAGUCUGAACGGGGGUGUGGUGAAUCCGUCAUCGCCGCGAUGUUCGCCAAUUUUGACGGAACUGUGGCGGCCUUGGAGACAUCCGCCGCGGCGAAAUUAGGCCCAUCCUUCCUGAACACCCCAGUGAACUCCACUGUUGCGUGA